AUGGACAUCGUUGACCCAUUAGAAAUCAGCGAUAGAAAAAUAAUGAAAUCUGACGAAGAAAUACUAACACCAGUGUUAAGUAUGACUGUAGAAGAUGAUGGAUCUCUUGGGGAAGAACACGAAGAACAGGAGGUUGAAAUUCCUUCUUCCCUUUUAGAUACUAAUAUUGAUACUACAGAUGCUGAUGAUGUGCAGUAUGAAUUUCGAGAAGAUGGAGUUACCUAUCGAGUAAUGCAGAUGUCAUCUGAUAGUGUUGAAACUCUUACUCCUGAUAUUGCAGAAGCUACUGCUACCAUUACAACAGAUUCUGGUCAUCAUUCUGUCCAGGCAAUUUAUAAUUAUCCUAUGAAUGGUGGCAUUUUCGUUCUUGGGGCUCCACAGAAAGUUGUUCCAAUAAACACAACAUCCCAAAAGACAAUAAUAUCUAGGGUGCAUGAGGAAAAUAGCAGACCCACCACUGUUUGUCGGAGAGAUGAUAGAAGAAGAGCAACUCACAACGAAGUCGAGAGAAGAAGGAGAGAUAAAAUUAAUAGCUGGAUCAUUAAACUAAGUAAAAUAAUUCCUGAGUGUAAAAAUGAAUCUUCGAAGGGUAAUUUUGAAGCCCAGAGCAAAGGAGGAAUACUUGCAAAAGCAUGUGAUUAUAUAACAGAGCUGCGCGAUUCCAACCAGAGGCUCAUGGUUUAUGCUAAGGAAAACGAACAAUUGAUUGCUGAGGUUGACAAGCUGUCUCAGAAAGUUGAAGAAUUACGGCAUGAAAAUGAGAGGCUACGCCAGAGCUUAAGGCAAUGUUCCAAUGAUUCAUAG